UCACCAGGACCCGGACGGAGAUUCCCCAGCGAUCACCGAGUAACACUGACAGGGGAGAGGUCUGUAUCAUGCUGCUUUGUAUUGCUCUGCAUAGCAGAGCAAUACAAAGCUGUAUAAGCAGUAUGCUUACACAGUAAAACAUACACAACACAGUUAGUAAAACAGCACACAUUUAACCCUUUGAUCGCCCCACAUGUUAACCCCUUCCUGCCCAGUGUCAUUAACACUGUGUCAGUGCUUUUUAUUAGCACUGAUCACUGUAUUAGUGUCACUGGGGAUAUCAGUGACAGUUAGUCAGUUCCCCCCCAGUGUCAGAAUGCCCACCGCAGUCCAACUAUUA